GCGCGUGUCGCAGGGUGUCAUGGCGGACCGGAAGCAGCAGGAGAUGAGGCCUCGGACUCUCACAGCCGCGCUUCAAACUUUCAUUUCUCCUCCUUCCGUCGCUCGCCUCCUCUCGGUUCGCGGUGGAAACCUCCUCAGCGGCCGCAGAUAAACUCAGAUGAAAUCUACGUUCUGAUCACAACCACCAGAAAUGGAUCCACCAGAGAGAGCAGAGCCGGAGAAGCCCGUCCUGCAGACGCAACCGUCCACGCUGCCGUUCUUCGACACGGCUCACGCCUUCAACCUCCUUCGGGGAAUCCAUGAACUCAGAGCUGAGAGAAAGUUUUUCGAUGUGACUCUUUGUGCCGAGGGCCGCGAGUUCCACUGUCACCGCACAGUGUUGGCCGCCGCCAGCACCUACUUCCGGGCCAUGUUUACAGGAACGCUGAGGGAGAGCGUUAUGGACCGAGUGGUUCUACACGAGGUGUCGGCCGAGCUCUUGGGUCUGCUGGUGGACUUCUGCUACACGGGGCGGGUCACCGUCACUCAGGAUAACGUGGACCUCCUCCUGAAGACGGCUGAUCUGUUUCAGUUUCCCUCGGUGAAAGAGGCCUGCUGUGCUUUUCUGGAGCAGCGGCUGGACAUUUCCAACUGCUUGGAGAUCCAGGACUUUGCGGAGGCUUUCGCCUGCAGAGAGCUGGCAACCAGUGCUCGCCGCUUUGUCCUGAAAAACAUCAUGGAGCUGGCGAAAGGGAUGGACUUUGAGCGAUUACCCUGGAAGCGCCUGCUUGAGUUUAUGUCCGAUAAUGAGCUGGGUGUGGACAAGGAGGAGACAGUUUAUCAAAUAGCAGUGCGCUGGGUGAAGGUCGAUCUCCAGCGGAGGCUACACUACUGGCCCGAGCUCCUCCAGCAGGUCCGACUCCCGUUCGUCAGGAGGUUCUUCCUGUUGGCCCACGUGGAGAGCGACCCGCUCGUCUACCUGUCGCCCACCUGCCUCCGCAUGGUGAACGAAGCCCGCAGCUUCCAGUCCUGCGAGUACGACCGCCAUGACAGGCCCUGCCACCGCAUGCGGCCACGGCCAUCCACGGGAUUGGCAGAAAUCCUGGUAGUGGUGGGAGGCUGCGACCAGGACUGUGAUGAGCUGGUCACGGUGGACUGUUACAACCCCCAGACGGGACAGUGGCGCUACCUGGCUGAAUUCCCUGACCACCUCGGAGGGGGCUACAGUAUAGCUGCUCUUGGAAACGAUAUGUACGUGACAGGCGGCUCCGACGGCGCUCGCCUCUACGAUGGCGUGUGGCGCUACAAGUCCAGCGUCAACGAAUGGACCGAGGCGUCGCCCAUGCUGAAGGCCCGCGAGUACCACAGCUCCUGUGUGGUGAAGGGUCAGCUCUACGUGGUGGCGUCGGACAGCACCGAGCGCUACGACCACGCUGUGGACUGCUGGGAGGCCUUACCCGCCAUGCUGCACCCCAUGGACAACUGCUCCACCACCGCGUGCAACGGACGCCUGUAUGCUAUCGGCUGCCUGACCGGAGAGGACACCAUGGCCAUCCAGAGCUACGAUUCAGACACCAACCGCUGGUCCAUGGUGAACUGUGGUCAGCUGCCUCCGUGGUCCUUCACACCGAAAACUCUGACCCUCAACGGCCUCAUCUACUUUGUCAGGGAUGACUCAGCGGAGGUGGAUGUUUAUAAUCCCCAGAAGAACAAGUGGGACAUGAUAAGUCCUAUGACCCAGGUCCACGUUGGAGGAAGCGUUGCAGCCCUGGGCGGUAAACUGUUUGUGUCCGGUGGCUACGACAACACGUUUGAGUUGUCCGAUGUGGUGGAAGCCUUCGACCCCACCACCCGCACGUGGGCCCUCGCCGGACGACUACCUCAGCCGACCUUCUGGCACGGCAGCGUCAGCAUAUUCCGCCAGUUCAUGCCCCAGGUGUCCAGCGCGUUCCGACCUACCGACGCGCCCGAGAUGACCGCCAUUCACCUGCACCGCCACCAGCGUCACCAAGCGCUCCACAAUCUGAACAACAAUAUCAACCAGAACCAGGACGUGAACCCGGCGCACUGAGUUUGGACCUUGAUGCCCUCUCACAUGUUUUCAGUCUGUUCUCCCUCAACGUGCCAUCAUAGGCUGACUGUGAAUCACAUGGUGAAGCUGUUUAAGGCAGAAGAGACGAAGGAGAAGAAUCCACCCGAGUGCGAAUCUGUCGUAGUGACAAUCAUGUCUGUGACUGGAUGAAGAACAGAAAGGCCCGUUUCUUAGUCGUGUUCACAGGGAAACCGUUCUGGUUGGUUCCUGUAGAAGCAGAGGGAAGUGUCUGUGUGCUGCUCAUACAGGGAGGUGGGGGAGUUUCUUUCCCAAAGUCAUUAUCCUUUAAGUUUUUCUCUUGUAAAACUGAAACAUACUGUGUGGAAACACUUUAAAUUUACGGCUGAAACAAUUUAUCGCUCAAGCUUAUUUGAUAAUCAUCUUCAUUUUCUACUAUAAAAUGUGUCCCAGAGGAUCCAGCAUCUGUGUUUUACAGCGUACGACAAAACCCGAACAUUUGAAGACGACACCUUCGGCUCGAGAAAACUCACAUUUUUCUCAAUUUACAGACAAUUAGCAGAACGUCAGCAACAAGAGUGAAACAAACUACUUUUAUCUGAAUGGUUUUUUUUAAAUAGCAUCCUUUAUUUUUAGAAAACCAUGAGUCUGGUUAACUGCCCCCUUCCUUUGAUGAAGAGCAGUAAAGCAGCUGCUUCUCUUUAGUUUUUAUUCGGGAACUAUCAAGCACCGUCUCCCACGCGGUGGAUGAGAACAUCUGUGAGUCAGCAGCUGAUCACUGUGGAAUUUAUUUUUCUACAAACGCAUUAAAUUUUAAUUCUAAAUGCACACAAGCAUCAAAGUGAGUGUUUACAAGCCUGUUGAGGCGUCAGAGUGAAGUCAGACAAACGGCCUCCACUGAUGUGAGUCUGUUGCAUGUGAAGACUUCGAGAUAUGAUCGAUCAGUCACUUGCAUAACAAAACUCUGACUCUCCAACUGGUCGAGUAGCAUUGUGGGUAAUGAAGGCGCCAGGUCAAUCUUUAUCCUUUUAAUCAGUCCAGAGUCCGACUGUUCCUUCAGGGGAAUAUUAUUUAACCGUGCUUCACCCGGAGGAGAAGCUAAACGUUUGCCCAGACACAACAACAAUCUGUCUACAUUCCAAAAAACGGCUGCGAUCACAAUCGAUAUUUAGCACUAAACAGACAAAAGGCUUCAUCGGAUGUGUUGACAUGUGAGAGCAGAAAUACCAGAGAGUUGUCUAAUCCAACGAGUGAUGAUGAGGCUGCACCCCCUUCUUUAGAACCACCAGCAGGAUGUGCAUGAAGUAUUUUCCUAAAAAAUUGUAUUUAUGAUUUUUUUUUUAUGGAUGCAUUUGUGCUAGAACAAGAGCAGUGAAACUAGUGAAGGGUCGGCGCUCUCAACUGGAAAUCCAAUCUGUGCUCUUGUGUAAAAUAACGUUUGCUUUAAUGGAAAAUUGUAAUUUUGUGUGUUUCCAUAGAACGUAGUCGUACGACGGCCAUUUUCCUCUGACGUCACUCUCAGGGUGGGAAACGCAAAUACUGUUAUGAACAGUUAAAAUUCAGCCACUUUAGUAUUGAAUGGAGUAUUUAAAAUAUAGCAUUAUAUUACCAGCUUGAUUCCUUUGCAUCUUAUUUCCCAUCUCUCCCUCUGCUCGUCAGUGCCUCUGUCGAUUCAGCCCCUCCCCCCCACCCACCCCCACCCCAGCAUCCACCUGUAGGCUCCGACAGGGGGAUUAUAAAUAUCUGCUCAUCACUCCCCUUUAUAUUAAAGUUAUCUAAUCUCGGGAAGUGAAGAACCAAAAUCUAAUUGUUCUGCUGCUGCAAUAAACAUUUGAAACAUGAGUUGACGGACUGACGUGCGUUUAUAUGAUUUAUAAACCUGGAUCACAGCAGUUCAACUUUAUCAGAACAGCAUCUGAGCUUCACACCUUCAGCGUGACGUCAGAGGAACAUCAUCGCAGCGUGACGAUGAUCUGUGCUGUUGUUAUAUCUUAUAGUUUUCAUACAGGUUUGUGUUGUUGAAUCAGUUUUGUAAAUAUAGUAUAUUCUUACCCUUUCUGUGUUUCUGUAAUGUUUACAGUGUAGUUACCAUUCGUGAAACUGCAGGCAGACCUGAGAGUUUAUUUUGCUGAGUCACUCGAGUUGUGCGAUGAAUACGGAUGUUCACUUCUAUAAACUACGGACAGAAGCUGUGGCAGAGUGUGAGAAGUCAAUAAAGGUUUUUUUUUUAUGAA